AUGGCCAUUAUAUCCAACGUUAAUGGUAGAUUAUUGCCAAAGAUCACUGAUGCUAGAAUAAUAAAUAAGGAAUCUUUAAAGAAGAAGAAGAAGAUGGACAGUCCUACUAAAGGGAAUCAUGAGUGUGUGUUUCAUAUUAUCCACAAAGUACCCUCUGGAGAUGGUCCUUAUGUUAAGGCCAAACAUGCUCAACUGGUGGAGAAGGAUUUGGAAGGAGCAAUAGUAUGGUUUUGGAAGGCAAUCAAUUUAGGAGACAGAGUUGAUAGUGCACUCAAAGACAUGGCUGUUGUCAUGAAACAAUUGGAUCGAUCUGAAGAAGCAAUUCAAGCUGUUAAGUCCUUUAGAGUUCUUUGCCCUAAACAAUCUCAGGAUUCUCUUGACAAUAUCCUCAUUGACCUGUACAAGAAAUGUGGGAAAGUGGAUGAGCAGAUAGUCUUGUUGAAGCAGAAGCUAAGAAUGAUAUACAAUGGUGAAGUUUUCAAUGGAAAACCCACUAAAACUGCUAGAUCUCAUGGCAAGAAAUUUCAGGUUUCUGUUCAGCAAGAGACUUCAAGAUUAUUGGGAAAUCUGGGUUGGGCCUACAUGCAAAAGGGUACUUACAUGGCUGCUGAGGUUGUAUACAAGAAGGCUCAAAUGAUUGAUCCUGAUUCCAACAAGGCCUGCAAUUUAGCCCAUUGCCUAAUCAAGCAAACUCGCUAUGAAGAAGCCCAGUCCAUUCUUGAACACGUCAUUCAUGGAAGGCUGCCCGGUAGCGAAUUCAUCAAGGCCAGAAAUCGGGCAGAAGAGUUGUUGUUCGAGCUCUUGUCCCUCCAAGAACCACCACCUACAAUGACAUUGUUCACACCGCAAGAAGGCGAUGAUCUUGUUGAUGGGCUCGACCUCGAACUCGAACGUUUGAUCAAUAAAUUGGCCCGUUUCAGGUCCAGACGCCUUCCUAUUUUCGAGGAGAUAUCAUCGUUAAGAGAUCAAUUGGCUUGCUGAAUGAAAAUUUUUUCGUUUUUUCCCUUGUCAUGAGUGAUUUGUUGGUAACAUGUGGAAAUAAAUAAUGGGGUUCAUGUAAAUAUGUAUGAAUAACCUUUACUAAUGAAUCAAGUUAUGAAAUGAAUGUAAAAUGA